AUGUCGGCAUCGAUUCGCGCAGCUACUGUGACGGACCCGUCCAUCUUCGAGAUCCUUUUCAAGCAAAAGGACGGCCUUGACAACCCGCAGGAGGAAGCCGCGUCGACUUCAAGCAAAGCCAAGGAGGAGGAACCGCACCUUUUGCUGCCUGUGAAGCAGCCGACGCUGCUUGCCGACCUCCACUUACUGCAGCAACUCACACAGCAGCUCCAGGCUGCAACACUGAGCACUGCAAGCAACAAUCACGACGACGAUGAUGGUGUGGCAGCAGCGAAUGCCGAGACAGAGAGCCUAGCCACUCUGUACUGCCGCCGCGCAGCAGCACUGUUGGCUUUUGUCGACUACGACGUCACCACGACGGUGCCCCUUGAUAUUCUAGCCUCCGGUCCGUCGUCGAGCUCUGUCCGCGAUGAGGCGAACCAGCCAGCACCGAUGCUGGAGGCUGUUAGGCAAGCGCUUCAAGACGCUCAGGCUGCAGCGGCACUUUCCUCAAACAAUGCAACGAUCGCUGAAGCUCAUUUGCUGUCGGCGAAUUGCUCGCGUAGCGUGGGGGAGCUUGCACACGCUCGCGCAUUUGCAGCACUGGCGGCAACAGCACUACCGGGAAGCUAUGCGAUCACGAGUUUGGCUGAGCAACUGGACGUGGAAGCUCGCGCUGACACUGCAGAGCUCUUGCCCAAGCUGCGCCUCACCUCGGCGGCUUUUCCGACAUCAAAUAGUGUCAGUAUCGCCGGCGCUGCUGAUGUUGAACAGGAGGAAGACGGGAACAACAACGACCAACCUGAGCAGCGUGUUACGAAGGCGUCUGCAGUGGCUCCAUUGCUAGCUCGUUCUGGCAUCAUGUGGCGCCGCACUUUCAAACACUCGAAGAAGCUGCCAAUUCUCCCUGACUGGAAAAGCUCGAGCGACUCAUGCACCAAAACGUUCACCACCGCUGCGCGCAGCCUAACGAGCGUCGCGUGCUCAGUGCUUGGACUCGACAUGAGGGACGACGCAGCCGCCAGAACUCUAGAGAAGCUCACUCAAACGGCUUCGUCAUCGCCGCAGACGCUGGUCCAGAAUCGCACGGCAAGGAAGUGGAUUGUGUGCACGUGGGCUCCAAUCGUUCGCCUCGCGUCGUCGUCGCCUUCUACAUCGCCACUUACUGACUUGUCAAACGAUGUGCUUGUGAUGCUAGCACGUUUGCUUCAAGCAUCGGGGAGCUGGAGGCGAUGCACUGCCAUGGGGCACAGCUUGGCAUACGCCGAAAUGGGCUUCGACCUGGCAAAAAUUCUCCGUGAGAGCGGAACUGACCCUGCUGCUUGGUCACGGCUGGAGUUGCAGUGCGCUGAAGCCUUCGCAACAGCUUUGCUGCAGCGAAGCUCAGGUCAAAAUGAGGCCUUGAAGACAUUCCGAGAUGCUCUCCAAGGCGCUCUUCACGUCGGGGACCAUGAGUACGAGCUUCGAGCUCGUCUGCAUGUGGCUAAAACGCUUCGGCUCAUGGAAGAGCCCGAGAUUGCGCACGCUGAUCUUGACCAGCUACUAAUACGCUGUCGAGCUCUGAACGACGUUCACAUGGAAGCGAUGGCCGAGUACGAGAUGAAGGACCUGGAAACUGCGCACGAACACUUCCGAGCGGCGCAGACGCUGUGCAACCGCACGGCCAACUGUGGGGACUCGUGGCGCCCUCGAUCCAUUCAGCAGGCGAUCGCGUUUUACGCGCGUCUGCGGCCGACAGCUCGUCGCGGAGCCAUGCGCUGCAGCGUCUCGACUCUGCUUCGCACCGUCGGGCAUGAGCAAGGUGCAGCACAAGGACGGAGAGCAUCUGAAGUGCAAACAGCAGCGGCAAGUGGGCCAGUGAGCGAGUGAGAUGGGUGGCGCUAGACAAGAACGGCGUACAGCUUCGGGGACUGGCACGCCAACGCCAGGAUCAGGUCCAGAAUCGAGACAACCAGGAAUAGCGGGCGCUGCAACGGAGCCCCGUAAUAUGAGAGCCGCUGCUGGUGGUACAGUGGGAGGCGAUCACAGUCAGAGAGGCGUGAGCGAGCAGAAGGCGACUCGCAAGCGGAAAGCGAGCGCACAGCGGAGCACGGGUGGUGUCGAAGAGCAGCAAAAAAAAUCGACGGGUCGAAGCCGAGGCCCGUGAAGCCCGGGCAGCUCGGCGGAGCACUCGUCGUGACGGACAAGCGGCGACAGACGCCGAGGAAGCGGGUGCAGACGCGGAUCGUGGGGUUUCAAGCGCUACGCAACCCCACAGUGCACGAACCGACAAGAGGAUCACGCGCUGGCAACACCAACGAGGCAGCGCACGACAGGCUCGAAGAGGGACGCAGUGACGACCAAGCCCCAGGCGGAGGAACCGACGGUGAGCAGGCAGCACGAGAUGGUGCGCGUAUUGAUCCCGGCGGUGGUGAUGCUGGAGGUGGCGCUGCGCGCACUGCGAGGGCGAGGGCUAGCGCGAUGGGCGCGCCCUAUG